UUGGAAAAGCUACCACAAGACGCUAUUGAUCAAGCCGAGCUUAGAUGCUCUCUUACUAACUUUUUGAAAGACUUGAGGUACAAUUCCGGCUCUGAAAAACCUAGACGUAAAAGAAAACUGUUAGCAGCUGAACCUGGUCAAAGUGUUACAGCACCUAAACCAUCAGAGGAGUCCAGUGACGAUGAUUUAAAUAAAAACCUGGAAUUAGAUGACAGCAACAGUGAUGUUGAUAUUAACAAAGAUGAAAAGGAGGUUGAAUACUUCUGUCCUUCAUUAGAAAACAUCACGAAGGGAAAAUUCCUGUUAGUAGAUUUUUGUCUGGUUCUCAGAAAAAGACGGAAUUUCGUUAUAUCUGUUAGACGAAUUCUUCAGGCUGCCAAAAGACUAAAUGCCAGUCAAGCAUUCUAUUGGGUAGCAAGUGAUGGUUGGGGCAAACAGCAAAAGCUGGUCGAAGGCCUAGAGGAUGUAGCAGAAGGUGCAAUUACAGUUGAACUGCAGUCGAAUAAUAUCCCCGGAUUUGACGAAUAUAUGAUGUCAUUGACACCAGAACGAAACACAAGAAAUCCCUGGUUUGAGCAGUAUUGGGAAGAUACAUUCGCGUGUGUUCUUGAAAAGAAUAUUCCACUUGAAACUAACUAUACUUUUAAUGUCUGCAGCCCAGAACUUCGAUUGUCUCAACGUGUGGGGUAA